AUGAUAGUGUUAUAGGAAACACCAAUGGACAUCUGUAUUUCAACAUGCGGUUUCCUUAAUUCUGCCGCAGGUGUUUAUGGUUAUGCAUAGCAGCGCUUCAGGACCAUUCGUCGGCAUCUAUCUGCUGGCGCUGGCAUUUCCAUGGGCCAAUACGAAGGGCGUGGUGGUGUCUGCGUCUCUGACUACGGCUUUCCAGCUGUGGGUGAUGACGGGCAAACUGUUCAACGGCGUCCGACCACCUGCCAUGGAGGUGACGCUCGACCAUUGUCCCGGGAACGCUACCAUGCUGGCCGCCACCUUCGCAUCUAAGAUGGCAGCCGCUGCAACCGCCAGCAAGCGUGACAUCUUCCCGCUCUACCGGCUGUCUAGCUAUUGGAGCGGCCUCAUGGCUUCCCUGAUGACUGUCGCCAUUGGACUCGCCGUCAGCAUCGCCACAGGAGGCAACAAGAACACUGCGAAACACAUUCCCCUCACGAGUGAGGUCUUCCUGCAGCUCUGGGGCAGGACGAAAAUGCUGAAGGUACCGGAAGAGGAAAAAGCGCAAAAAGAGCCCCUCAAAGUCCUGAACAUCUCAGAGUUGGAGGCCCCUUCUUUCGCGUAGAACAAACUUUUCGACCUUUUUACAGCUGCCAAACUGGUUGUAGAAGCUCGCUAAAGUUAAAGCACAUCGAGAAAAAUAAUUCAUACGCACAAAUAACAUCAUACGCACGAAACACAGAGAUGUAAUCUAAAAAGAAACAAACUAUGCCGAAUAUAGCGUGCUAGCUUUCGCCACGUAACGUCUCUACGUUGGCAGACACCUGUGUUAUGUUCCUUAUGUAUUCGCAAUGCCCACGAACUAUAGGUGGCGCGCCGUGCUUUUCAAGAUGGCGCCAGGAGGAGGGUCAACCCGUUUGUUAGCAGAGGAACAGAUUGGACGUGCGGACGGACGACCCGUGCUGCUUUCACCGGAUGAAGUCAUUAGCUGCGCUGAAAUGGAUAUGAGACUAAAAUGUUUUCCCAAACCAUGGAAAGUGCUAAGUACUCGCCACCUAAUUAUUUGCUGCGGUGUGAAAGGUUAUAUUUCAGCUCCGUUACCGUGCAUAACGAUGCUUUGCGAAAUCCUGUGCGUGCUACAUAAAACUGCAUGUACUAGAACUGACGUAUGAGUUGAACGGCACUCCGAGGAGCCUGCCUGACGGAUUUGCCGCAGUAGUAGGCCGCCAGCGAGUAGCGCCAUCGCUGCUGCACGUUUAACGUGGUGAUGGUUUGCAAACAUAAUACGCCGUCGUCAUUACUUGCGCCGUCGGGAACGCGGAGUUACGUCUUCAACGGAACACAAUCAUUUCACAUCCCAUUCAGUAGCGCCUGUGUCACCGCCAUGCUGAGACUUUAGCCGUGUGCAUGCAAUUCACUUCACUCGCAUGUUGCAGGUUCGGCGAUCAGCACGAUCGAAACAUGAAUAUCGAAAAGAAUGCACACGUAUGCUUUCGCAACGGCGAAGAAGUUAGUCGAGAGGCGUGCAUUGCGGCCGUGACUGCACGUUCUAUCGUUAUAACCAUGUCGCUUCGCUGGUCGAGCUCGAGCGUGUUGGCGGCAUGCGGCGCUCCAUAAUAUCCACAAUAAUUGAUACAUGCAAUGCACAAGAGGAACUAUGCUUUUAUUUUGAUCUCGCUCUAGAACAUUAUACAUUAGAUACAAUCAAGGUGACUUACGAGCGUGAAAGAAUAUUAACGCACGAGGGGACGUGAAGUGCAACUCGCUCCUCGUAACUCGCUCCUCGUGAGUUAGCAGCUGAUCGGUCAUCGUCGCUGUUACUCUCGGUGCUUUCACAGUCUUCAACGUCCAGUGAAAAAUCCUAGUCCUCAAGAUGGUUUCUUUCAACAUCACUGCUGAAAGCAAUCUGAAGAAUUUCCUCCGCCGAACGACUUCGACCACUCCGCGUCACCACGUUUAUAAUUAGAGAGGCGUCUGGGCGCGAAGAACACUCUGCUCUCAGACCGGUCAACAAGCAAAUCGCUUGCAGUGUGCUGCCACCUACCAACAAACGUACAAAAACAAGCGGCGCAGCGCUGGCUAUGAAAUAUGAAACCAACACACUGGUGAAGGACGGCGUGGAAAGCGUUCGCUCCACGAAAGGCGUCGAGCAGACGCGUUCUCGAAUGAUUGCAACGUCGCUCGCACGAUUCGUAACAGCGCUUUGCUGACAAAGGAUAGAGGUAUCGCCAGCUUGAGAUCGCUCAGUUAUACAAAAGGACAAAAGCACAUCGCGUGCCCGCGGGACCUCCCGCGUACAGUGUUAUGGGAUUCAUGCACUACAAGAAACAGUGACCAAUGCUAUAUGCAAGAGGGUGAGCUUCAACGGAUUAUGUCAGACGAUAACAUUUAACUAACCUGCGUGGAUACAGAAAGCCUCGCGAAGCUGAUAGUAUGUGUACGCUGUGCGAGUUGCCACGUAUUUUCACGAAAACUUUGCGUCUCGCAAGAACGAAUCAGAUUUCCUGUGUCACGGAGGACCCGCUUUGUUCACUGAUGCAGGGAACAUGCAAAGUCGUAGUGUUCUUUUCUUGCCAACGCGUUAACACUGAGGCUAGCACAGCUGAACAAGGGAGCGACUGCGUAGUGCUGCUCUUCCUGUGUCCCUGUCUUGUUUAUUUGCGCUUCCAGUUUUUUACCUUCAAGUUGAACCAACUCGCCCAGUUACAAGUUUUAUUGUAGUGCUGCCAUUUUGUCGUCUACUAACCCUCCUCGAGAGGACGCUCCUGAAUUCCGCUUGGCGGCGCGACAGUCUAUGGGCAUUGCGAAUACUUACAUCGCUUAUAAAAAAAAAAAGGCUAAUGUAUCGAAUCAUAUCAUUUAUGAAGCGUUGUAAUCGGCACUUACCUUUAUUUUUUUUUUAAAGACAAGCGAGAAACGUGUGGUAGACGAAAAAAGCGUGUCGUGAAGUUUUAGAGCGUUUUAACGCCUCAUGUUAGCGCACGCACAGGCACCAUGAAACAACUGUAAAAAUUUCUUAGAGUACCUUACAUGUAUACCUCGGCAGUUGUUUUCGUAGUGGGCUUUCCCUUAGCCCCGCCACGGUGGUCAAGUGUUUAUGGCGCUCGACUGCUGACCCGAAGGUCGCGGGAUCGAAUCCCUGCCGCGGCGGGCUGCAUUUUCGAUGGAGGCGAAAAUGUUUGAGGCCCGUGUACUUAGAUUUAGGUGCACGUUAAAGAACCCCAGGUGGUCGAAAUUUCCGGAGCCCUCCACUACGGCGUCCGUCAUAAUCGAAUCGUGGUUUUGGGGCGUUAAACCCCAGAUAUUAUUAUUGGGCUUGCGCUUAAAAAUUUUCUAUGCCAUAUAUAUACUUUGAUAUUUCGGACACCACCUUUAUCAGGACGCUCUCAUUUCUUCCUAAUCUCUCUCAUAGCCAUGGCCAUCAGUGCUGGGCCGUUAACACAAGCACCCGGGGAAAAUGGAGGGUACCAGGCUACUUAAUGAAAUGAACAAGAACGUGUCAGGCGAAAACGGUCAGGUUAGAUGCAUGCCACAGCUGUCCGGCAUUCAAAGCGGCACCUUGUGUGGAAGCGUCCGCUGUUUAAGAUGGUGCAACUGAACGACGAGCUAUUUUUCACUAACAAGCGUGUACUCGGAAGAAAUUGCGCAGAUAUGUUCCUUGGAGGUACUUCUUGGUUCCCCGAAUCAUUUAUAGUCAUGUUAUAAUUAACGAGGAUAAAUAAAGUAUGUGACUUUGU